AUGUCAUUUAAUGUGAAUUGGAAUUCACUAGAGACCGAAUCAUUAAGUUCGUGGACUAAAGAGUUAUUGACAGAUGCAUUAAAUUCGGGAAAGAGACCGAAUAUCCUUGCAUCGGAUAUUCAAAUAAAGGAUUUAAAUUUUGGAAAGGUGGGGCCAAGUUUUGAGAUUUUGGAGAUAGGAGAAUUGGAUAAAGAUAGAUUUAGGGGGAUUUUCAAGAUAAAUUACGAGGGCGAUUUCCAUUUGACGUUGCAUACGAAGGUUCAGGCUAACCCACUCAAGAUCUACAGUUCGAAUUCAUUAGACAGGGAGGUGAAUCAGUUUGAUGAAAUGAACAAUUUUGUGACUCCAGAUUUCCUUCUCUGUAACGAUCCAUUUGCAUUGCCAUUAGAUUUGAAGCUCAGUGAUAUCAAGAUAUCGGGGAUUGGAAUAAUUGUAUUUAGUAAGACCAAGGGGUUAACACUUGUGUUUAGAAAUGAUCCGUUGGACUCAAUUAAGGUAUCCUCAACUUUCGACACGGUACAGGUGUUGGCGAACUUUUUGCAAAAUCAGAUUGAAAACCAGAUCAGAGAUUUAUUCAGAGAAACAUUACCUACUUUGAUCCAUGAAUUGUCCUUGAAAUACACUUCGUUGAACGAAUCAAAUUUCAGUGACUUACAGUCUAAAUUAAAGAGCAAGAUGAACAAUCUCGAUAGUGAAAACUUGGAGAAAAUAUCGAUUAACGAUGGCAAUUCUGAAUUCAGUUAUUCUAGCACUAACUUACGCAAGAAUAUGAAUCUCUUCAAUUCAAGAGAAACACUAAACUUGAAUAUCCCAAAGUUCAAGAACAUUGUACAAAGAUCGCACUUAGAAAAGUUUAACAAACAUUUGCCAAACUUGAUCAGCACAUUAAAUUUAAACCUUAAUUUGCCAGACGUUAACGUCAACACCAACAUUGCCCCAUCUCAAACUAGUAACUGCAUUCCAAUCGAUUUGUUAAUCAACAACAAUGAUAACAUCGAUAAUAUUUUAACAGAAAUCUCCAGCAUUCAAACCAACAGCUAUUACAAUAAAUUGAAUAGUAAUAACAAUGGCGCCAAGCCUAGGAGAAGGGUCGUCAAACUAGGUGGAAAGAAAUCAAAGAAGACAAGUACCACUAAUUCUUUGGAUCAAACCCCCGAAUACAGCGAGGUGUCUACUUUGAUCGAUGAUUCUAUGGAACAUUCCACGAUCGAACAUUCCACAUUUGAAAGCCCCGUCACCUUAGAGCACCCCAUCUCGAUUGAUUUGAAACAACCUAAGCCGAUGAGGGCUAAUAGGGAAAUUAAUAUCGACACUUCAAAACCUAUCCUUUCGCAUUCACAUUUCCAUGCCAACUGUAACUCGAAUACAAAUUCUCCACACCACCCCAAUUCUUCCUUGUUGCGCGGUGUAGGUUUGGGUAAUAAUUACUUCAACUUUACCAGCAACCAACAGAUCUCCACUUCUCACAUUCAAAACGAAGAGGACAGAUUGAUGAAUAAAAAAUCUAACAAUUACAUCGACAUCAAGUCCAUAAAUAACAAAUCCGUUGAUUCAAAGCCUAUUGAACAAGGGAACAAAUUGGAAUUUGAUAAAGCUAGUCUUAGACAUAAUUGCAGUUCGCCUCAGCAUACCAUUUUUGAGGUACCUCCACCACCACCUUAUCAGUAUUAG